AUGACUUUCCCUGAGCUGAGCAAUGGCAGCUUGAGUGGGAACCGGACGGGACAGGGCAGCCAGAGUGGUGCCAACCGGUCCUGGGGGCUGCAAGGUGAGGAGACCCCCGAGGGCAACGGCACCACGCUGACUUUUGCCUUGGACGUGCAGGCGGUGGGCGUCGGGGUCUUCCUGGCCGUCUUCAUCCUCUCAGCCAUCGUGGGGAACAUCCUCGUCAUCCUUUCGGUGGCUUGCAACCGGCAUCUGCAGACAGUCACCAACUACUUCAUCGUCAACUUGGCCAUCGCCGACCUGCUGCUCAGCACCACCGUGCUGCCCUUCUCGGCCACCUUGGAGGUGCUGGGCUUCUGGGUGUUUGGGCGCAUCUUCUGCAACAUCUGGGCAGCCGUGGACGUGCUGUGCUGCUCCGCCUCCAUCAUGAGCCUGUGUAUCAUCUCCGUGGACAGGUACAUUGGCGUCAAGUACUCUCUCAAGUACCCCACAAUCAUGACCGAGAGGAAGGCAGGGGUCAUCCUCGUGGUGGUCUGGCUCUCAUCCAUGGUCAUCUCUAUUGGGCCACUGCUGGGAUGGAAGGAGCCGCCACCGCCAGAUGAGAGCAUCUGUAGCAUCACAGAGGAGCCGGGCUAUGCCCUGUUCUCCUCCCUCUUCUCCUUCUACCUGCCCCUCAUGGUCAUCCUGGUGAUGUACUUCAGGAUCUACGUGGUGGCCAGGCGGACCACCCGGAGCUUGGAGGCAGGGGUCAAGAAGGAGAGGAAUAAAUCCAUGGAAGUGGUACUGCGCAUCCACUGCCGCAGUGUGCUGGAGGAGCCUCUCUCCAGUACUCGGAGCAAGGGACACAACUUCAGGAGCUCCCUCUCCGUGCGGCUCCUCAAGUUCUCCCGUGAGAAAAAAGCAGCCAAGACCCUUGCCAUCGUCGUGGGUGUUUUCAUUCUCUGCUGGUUCCCCUUCUUCUUCGUCCUGCCUUUUGGUUCUUUCUUCCCAUCUCUGAAGCCCUCCGAAAUGGUCUUCAAGGUCAUCUUCUGGCUGGGAUACUUCAACAGCUGCGUGAACCCCAUCAUCUACCCGUGCUCCAGCAAAGAGUUCAAGCGAGCUUUCAUCAGGCUUCUCAAGUGCCAAUGCCACCGGAGAAGACGGCCCAUCUGGCGUGUCUACGACCACCACUGGCGAGGGGCCUCCGUGAACAGCUCAGUGCAAGACUCUGAGACAGAUCUGAGGCCCAGGAUUAACACCCUGAACAGCUCAUUCCUAUUUAACUCCUCCUUCCAGGAGAGAGCCAGUAAGAGACGAACACUCAGCUUCAAGGGCUGGAAAAUGCUCACUCCUUUCCAGAAACCAGCAUCCACCCAGCUGAAGGAGAAGAUGAACAGCCUUUCAAAUAAAAUCCGGGGUGGCUCCAGCAAAGCGGGGGUGACAGCCACGUACAAAACAGAGGUGGAGUCUGUCUCUAUUGGGAUCCCUCAUGACUUCACGGAAACCAUCGACUAUCAAACCUAUGACUUAACAGACUGCUGCGGGCUGCGAGAAACAGAUAUUUGA